AAUCAAAUAUUAUUGAAUAAAGAUGAAUAUAUUAUUCUUAAUAAAAUGUACAAAAAAUUUUUGUAUGUAAGCAAGACAAUCCAUUUAAGGUCAUAAUUUUGAUGGUCCAACAAUGAAAUUAUUGAUAAAUUCUGUAUUUAGUUAAAUUUUUAAAUACUUUAGUGAAACCAUUUUUUCCGUGUAUGCAAAAUUGAAACGGCGCAUCUGAAGCCGGCGUUGUACUCUUCACGUACUUUGUUAAUUACAGACACACUGACAAUCUUGAAUCUAAACGAAAAGAAAAGGCAGCGGAACAACAUGAAAGAUCCAAGCGAGUCAUCGUUGAGCAUCGAAAGGGCCAUUCAUCGGAAAUUAUGUGAUGGACUGUACGCGCCGCGUGCACGUUAUUAGGCAGUGCUUGCUUCAGCCACGGCCCUUACACAUUUUAUAAAGCAGUAAGGAUAAGUAAUGGUCGCGUCCUUCGUCUCGGCAGUUUCUUCCUCACGAAAUUGUGGAGCGAUGCCGAUCUCGUCAGUAUCGGCGAGCUUCAGCUACUGUGGAUGGAUAGUCGCGGACCGAAUCAGCCUCUGGCAUCGUUGCGGCUCUAUUUCUUACCUGAAAACACGCCGGAUGGAAGGAGGGACACGCACGGAGAGGACGAGGUGCUGACGAUUUCAGAAAAAGUAGUCGUCCGCGUGCACGACCUAGUCACAUGGCUCUCACCUACGUUAGAAUGGUCGUGGGGCCGGGAGGUGUCCUAUCCGACAACCCCGACGUCGUCCCCGGAGACCAGUCCGCUCAGAUACGAGAUGCCACAACCGCAGGUGCUGACGGACCCGGGGAUCGACUUCUCGGACGUGGACAAGCACCAGAAGGACUACGAGACUAACCUGAACUCGUCGAAAAAAUUGGACGGCUUCCAGACGAAGGUAGUGGUACUCUCGUAUCCCAGGUACUGCCGUUACCGGGCGCUCCUACGUAGACUCGAGGGUGCCGAGCCGUCCUGGCUGUGCUCGUCCAUCGCCGCCGCCUUAGGGGGCUUUACCGCGACCCCCGGCACCAGGGUGCUCUUCUGCAGGGACACAUUUGACUAUCCGGAUCUCGAGACUCACGAAUUGCUGUGCAAUCACUUGGCGCCAAAGUUAAAGGGCAGACCACGAAGAAAGCGUAAAAAGCGCAGCGCUUCGCCAGGCGAAUCUUCGAACGAGAGCGAAGCAUCAGUAGCGUCGACGUCGAAGAGCACGUCGGCGGCCAGCAACACCAGCUUGGUGAUUCCCACAGUUGGGAGGCCGCCUUCGUCCGGGGUACGGCGGAGUGAUAGGAAGAUCAGCGUGGAAGAAAAGAAGUUUAUCACCGACGUGCACAAUUUUAUGAACUCUCGGGGUAGGCCGAUCGGAAAGAUGCCACUGCUGGGCUACAGGCAGAUUGAUCUGUUCCUGUUUUACACGAAAGUGCAAAUGCUCGGUGGUUACGAUUCCGUCACUGCUGGACGUCUUUGGAAAACUAUCUACGAUGACAUCGGUGGCAACACGGGUUCCACUAACGCGGCGACUAUUACACGUCAACACUAUGAAAAAUUAUUAUUAUUGUAUGAAAAGUAUCAGCGAGGCGAAGAGACAAAAGUGAGACUGAAUCAUGGACGACGUACUAAGAGUAUGAGUAUGUCCGAGGAUUUAGAUAUCAAGGAGGAACCGAACGAUAUGUAUACGUCGGAAACACCUCCGCCUAUAGAUGCAAUUCCUAUGACUACAACAUCGCCGUUGCAACCAAUAAUAGCAGCAGCAGUAACAACAACAACAACAACAACAACAACAACGACUUUAUUCUCGAGUGAGAAACCCAAAGCCGAAACCGGUGGCAAGACAUCCUCGUUACGUAGCGUGCGAGUAAAACCGGAACGCCUGAAGUCCUUGAAUACAAUAAUCGCCAAUAAUGCGACACCUUCCAGCCAGCAAGCUAGCCAACUGCCAAGUCCACCGCCAUCCUCCAAUGCGUCUAUCUCAACGCCCAAUAGCACACCCUCCACCACGCCGACGAAUGGUACCAGUAACAAUCAGAGCGUCUUGGAGCGGCAGCUCAACAGUCCUUUAAUAUCCCAACAAGUUCCACCGUCGUGUUCGCCACCAGGCUUGCCCGUGACUAGUGUACCGACGAACGCGUCGACGGUUGUCACUUUAACGCCUCCGCCGGAAAAGGAUAUGAAGGAGAUCAAAUUGGAUCCCAAGCAGACGACUCUACUAGCACAGGGGAAGGAAAACAUACCACUGUUCAGCGGCGAGAAAUUUGCGGAGAAGACGACGGUACCGCCGGUUUCUAGUAGAUCGCCCGAGGUGAUCGACCUUGAAAACGAGAGUGACACAAGUCGAGACAAGAUAAUCAUUCCCAGCUUCAAGAAACGUAAACUCGAAAUUUUGCGAGAAGGCGGUCUUGAGGUCACCGCCGUCGAACUGGAAGCACGACCAAGCGUGAUUCAAAGCAACGUCGGCAUGUCGCCGCAGCAUCACCAUCACCAGCACCACUAUCAGCAGCAGCAACCGUCCCCCUUACCGGCUACAAUGAAGUCUACUGAAGAGAGACAACCAUCGAUCUCGCCGUAUCCGCUUCCAGUCACACCCAACUCCAUUCCUAAAUUAAUAUCCGUCACUGUUACACCCGACAUAGGACACAUGCUAUCGUCACCGCAAGACCAUCAAAAUCAUCAGCCGCCGCGAAUACCAGCGAUCAAACAACUACCGGCUCAUCAUAAUAAUAACAACAUUAACAUGAUGAAUAACAAUAACGUGACGAAUAGUCGGGUGAUAAACCUCGGUAGCUCGAACAAUGCCGCGCUGUUACAGUUGUACGCGAAUGCGAAUGUUGUACCGUCUACACAGCAACCAAACCGUUUCGUUCCACCAAAUAUUCCAAACGGCAGAUUAUUUCCACCGAAAGUGACGCAAUCACGAUCGAUAUUUGUCCAUAAUGAAAAGACAGUUUAUGGAAAUCCCAAGGAUAUUCUUGUUUCUCCACCAAAAUACCAUUUGUCGCAUUUACAUUCACAUCCGCAGCAGCAGCAACAACGCUCGCAGCAUCCGCACAUGAGCUCUAACGAUAUCGGGCAAGGAGGAGCUGUUCUCGAUCUGACACAAAAGUCUAGCGAAAAACUGUCGUUCCCUAGGCCCAGUCUAGAAAUAGUCAGAGUACCUGUAGUGCAGAGGCCUAAUCCGUUAAAUCUCGACGUGCGAAAUUCACCCGCCAAGGAUAAACCGUCGGAUAGGCCUGCUGUCGACUGUCCAAAGCAAGUACCUUUUCCCGCCUACCAAAACGUAAUCGACAGUCGAACUAUUGCGUCGAAUAAUCUCGAGAUUACGUUAGUGAAUCCGAAGCACAAAAACAAUCACCACCUAAGUAUACCGUCUCACGUCCAAAUACCAAGUCCACCUAACAAAAGCGGUGCGAUAGGAACGAUAAAUAGCACGCAAAGGAGGCAACCACCACCGCAACAAAUAAAUGGAAAGUAUACGGUGAGAAGCGAGCCGGUUUCGCCAUAUACACCGAGGAAACCCAGUCACCCUAUUAUACCGAAUGUACCCAAUUUAAAUCAUCUGAAUCAUCACAGUGCGAGUUCGUGUCCUAGAAUGCAAGCAACGACGUUACAACAACAGCAACAAAUGAACAUCGAUAGGAGGAAAGCAACUGCGGAGGUUAGCAGGGAUCAUCAACAUCGUAGGAUCAGCGAGGGCGAGAAAUUAUCCUUGACAGCACAACAACAACAACAACAACAGCAGCAGCAUCAGCAUCAGGAAUCCGUCAGGCAGAGCGAGACUGGACGGCGGCAUAGUUUACCCAGCAUACCAUCGGGAUUUGUGCCGCAAAACAACUCUACCCCCUUCCCGUUGCCGCAACUGCCAAACGUGUCUGGCAAGUUCCUACCCUCGACAAUCCUGAAUCCUAUGUAUUAUCCCGCGUUCUACAACGGUUUGUUCCCACCGCCGAUUCCGCCCACGACCGCCGCUGCUGCGUCGUCGUUUCUACCGCCGGAGUUUACAUAUUAUAAGGAGUAUCUCGCUUCCUCGCAACCAAGACUGACGGGGAUGACGGGGCAGCCGCCACCGCAUCAACAGCCGGCCGCCCCAACAUCUAAAUAG